AUGGCCGGAGCCAAGAAGUCUACUAAGAAGUUCGAGAAGAACCAUCUUCAAGAUGUCAUUGAGAGACGCAAGGCGAAUGCCAAAAUUAAGCAGAGACACCACCUGAACGACAAGCGCAAGGAAAAAAGUGCUGCUCGACGCGCCGAAGCCGAAGCCGAAGCCGAGAAGAACCCUGAAGAAUUGAAGAAGCAAAAUGCCUUCGCCGAAAUGAACGUCGACGACUUCUUUGCCGGCGGCUUCGACAUUCCCGAAGAGAAGGGAAAGAAAGCCAGCAAGAAGGAUACUACCCCCAAGAUCGGCAAGCGCAAGCGCUCAGAAGACAAGGCACAGGCUGAAGCUGAGGCCUCCGAAGGCGACAAUGAUGAAGAUGAUGCCGACAGCGUUGAUGCCUACGACGAGCACAAGGAUCAGUUGGAGUCAUUGAAGGAAAAGGACCCCGAGUUCUACAAAUAUUUGAAGGAGAACGAUGCAGAGCUGCUCGAUUUCGGCGAUCAAGGCGAUCUGUCAGAGGUUGAUGCUUUGAGCGAAAGCGAAGAACCCGAAGAUGAGGAGCCCGCCAAGAAGAAGAAGAAGAAGUCCAAGAAGGAGGAAGAGGAGCCCGAGGAUGAGACCUUGACCAUUGCGAUGGUUAAGAAGUGGCAGAAGUUGAUGGAGGAACAAAACUCAAUCCGAGCUAUGCGCCAGGUUGUACUCGCUUUCCGCGCCGCCGCAUAUGUCAACGACCCCGAUGCCCCCGAGCAGAAGUACACCAUCUCCGAUAAGAAUGUGUACCACCAGGUUCUUGUCACGGCCCUCAACACUGUUCCCAAGGUUCUUGCCCACCAUCUUCCCGUCAAGGAGAGCGCUUCCGGCAAGAUCAGAGUGUCAUUGGAUUCGAAGAAGUUCAAGACCCUUACGCCUCUGAUCAAAUCGCACACUGCCUCCGUUCACCAGCUUCUGAUCAACUUGUCCGAUGCAUCCACACUUAAGUUGACCCUUGCGUCAAUUGAGCCCAUGCUGCCAUACCUGCUCCAGUUCCGCAAAGUGCUGAAGACACUCGUUAAGAUCGUUGUCGGAAUUUGGGCCGACGUUUCCACGGCCGAUGCUACUCGUAUCACAGGUUUCUUGAUUCUGCGCCGCCUUAUGGUUCUGGGAGAUGCUGGUAUCAAGGAGACUGUCCUCAAGGCCACCUAUGAGGGCGUUGUCAAGGGCAGCCGCAACACAACAGUGCACACACUUGCAGGCGUGAACUUGAUGAAGAACUCUGCGGCCGAGAUUUGGGGCAUUGACCAGAACGUCUCAUACACAGCCGGAUUCUCCUUCAUCCGUCAGCUGGCCAUGCACCUGCGCAAGAGCAUCACCAACACCUCAAAGGAGUCCUACAAGACCAUCUACAACUGGCAAUACGUGCACUCGCUGGACUUCUGGUCCCGAGUGCUUUCACAGCACUGCGAUGGCCUCGUCGAGGCUCAAGCCGGCAAGCAGUCCGCUCUGCGUCCCCUUAUCUACCCCGUUGUACAAAUCACCCUGGGUGCCAUGCGCCUCAUCCCAACCGCCACGUACUUCCCCCUGCGCUUCCAAAUGACGCGCUCCCUGCUCCGCAUCUCCCGCGCCACGGGCACCUAUAUCCCGCUCUCAGCUUCCCUCCUUGAGGUCCUUACCUCUGCUGAGAUGCGCAAGCACCCCAAAUCUAGCACCCUCAAGCCUCUGGACUUCAACACAGCAAUCCGCGCCCCGAAAUCCUACCUACGCUCGCGCACCUACCAGGACGGCAUUGGUGAGCAGGUCGCCGAGCUCCUCUCCGAGUUCUUUGUCCUGUGGUCCAAGCACAUUGCAUUCCCGGAACUGUCCGUUCCCGUCAUUGUCUCCCUGAAGCGCUGGUUGAAGCAGGUCUCUGCCCGCAGCGGUGGAAACAAGAAUGCCAAGGUUAACCAGAUGAUCCUGCUGCUCGUGCAGAAGGUUGAGGCCAAUGCCCGCUGGAUCGAGGAGCGCCGUAUGAAUGUCUCUUAUACCCCCCGAAACCGCUCUGAAGUCGAGACCUUCCUCAAGGAUGUUGACUGGGAGACUACUCCCGUCGGUGCGUUCGUCAAGACACAGCGCAAGCUGCGUGAGGAGCGUGCUGCGGUCCUUGAAGAAGGCCGUCGCGAGGAGGAGAAGCGAAGAUUGGAGGCGAAGAAGAACGGUGGUGAUGAUGAAGCUAUGGGUGGCGUUUCUGGCAGUGAAGAGGGCAGCGAGGAUGAAGAUGAGGAGGAAUUGGAGAGCGAGGAGGAGAUUGAGAGUGAAGAUGAGAUGGAGAUGGAGGACGAGUAA